AUGGUACAUCUACGAACAGACAUUGGUGCUACCAAUCCCAAUGCACCAUUGCACCCUGAGAAGAACAGCACAUAUGCCAAAGAACUCACCUGCGAUGUCCUCAUCGUUGGUGCGGGUUUUGGUGGUGUCUAUCUACUACACAAGCUUCGUGAUGAGGUCGGUCUGAAUGUCAAGAUCUUCGAAGCCGCAAACGAGCUUGGUGGUGUUUGGCGAUGGAACUGCUACCCAGGAGCUCGCGUCGAUACACAAGUCCCUAUUUACGAAUAUUCGAUCGAGAAGGUCUGGAAAGACUGGACAUGGACUCAGAAGUACCCUGACUUCAACGAGCUCCGUGAAUAUUUCAUCCAUGUUGAGAACACUCUUGAUGUCAAGAAGGAUGUCAGUUUCAACACCCGUGUCAUUGGCUCUCAAUUCGACAACGAAUCAAAGAUGUGGACUGUCAAGACCGAGGAUGGCCGCACCGCAAAGUGCAAGUACUUGAUCAACGCCAUCGGCUUCGCAGCCAAGCGUCACUUCCCUGACUGGAAGGGUCUUACCGACUUCAAGGGCGAGUUGCACCACAGCUCUUUCUGGCCCGAUGAGGGUGUCGAUGUCAAGGGCAAGCGUGUUGCUGUCAUUGGCACGGGCAGUACCGGUAUCCAAAUUGCCCAAGAGACAGCAAAGGAUGCUGCCAGCGUCACCGUUUUCCAACGCACACCCAACCUCUGCUUGCCCAUGCGUCAACGCGACCUGACCAAGGAGGAACAGCAAAACGCUAAGGGAGAGUACCCCGAGAUCUACCGCAACCGUCUCACCACUUUCGCCGGAUUCUCAUAUGACUUUGUCGAAAAGAACACAUUCGACGACAACGAAGAGCAACGUGAGAAGUUCUACGAGGAACUCUGGGAAGAAGGCGGCUUCAAGUUCUGGCUCGCAAACUACAAGGAUCUCCUGUUCGACAGCAAGGCCAACGACCAAGCCUACAACUUCUGGGCCAAGAAAACCAGAGCGCGCAUUGCUGAUCCCCGCAAGCGUGAUAUUCUGGCUCCUCUCAAGGCCCCUCAUGCUUGGGGAACUAAGCGUCCUUCUUUGGAGCAGAACUUCUACGAGAUGAUGGACAGAGCAGAGAAUGAUGUUGUCAACGUCAAGGAGACCCCAAUCACCGAGUUUACAGAGACCGGUAUUGUCACUAGCGACGGCAAGCUCAGGGAGUUCGACAUCAUCGCUCUCGCUACUGGUUUCGAUUCGGUUACGGGUGGCAUGAAGAAUAUGGGCUUGAAGGACACCGAGGGCAAGGACUUGGGCGAGAGAUGGAAGAACGGUACCUGGACAUACCUUGGUAUGACCUGCAACGGUUUCCCUAACAUGUUCUUCCUGUAUGGUGCUCAGGGUCCUACCGCCUUCAGUAACGGUCCCACCUGUGUCGAAGUCCAAGGCGACUGGAUCGUCGACGCCAUUGCCACACUACAAAAGACCGGCAAGCAGACCAUCGAACCCACCAAGGAUGCAGAGACCAGCUGGCACAAGCUCGUGACCGAACUCUCAGACAAGACCUUGUUCCCUGGCACUGAGUCCUGGUACAUGGGUGCCAACAUCCCUGGCAAGCCAAGAGAACAACUCAACUUCCCUGGUGGUUUCCCCAUGUACGAGAAGGAAUGUCGAAAUGCACUCGAUGGCUGGAAGGGCUUCGUGGUUGCUUAA